AUUGAUUCAAGCGUAACGUCAAGAGGCGUUUUUUCGUGUGCCAUCGUGAUCGAGUGUUAGCUGGGCUUGAUGGCAUCUCACAUCAACAAAAUGUCUUUAACCAGCCUCCUUCCUGCACCGAGUCAGGUUGUUUGGGAUCGCGAGGAUGAAGCUCGGGAGCAAAAACUUCGACAGAGGCCAGUAUCAGCUCUUGUCAAGGCAGUAGUAACAGCCCCACCUUAUGGACAACGUAAAGGCUGGGUGCCCCGCAUACCCGAGGAUUUCGGGGACGGAGGCGCCUUCCCUGAAAUCCAGGUGGCACAGUAUCCUCUGGGUAUGGGUAUGAAGGGUAAAGAGUCCUCCAGCAACGCAUUAGCAGUGCAACUUGAUGCCCAGGGGAAAGUUAAAUACGAUAUGAUAGCUCGUCAAGGCCAUGCCAAAGAUAAAGUGGUCUAUAGUAAGCUGAGUGACCUUCUUCCCUCGGAGAUUGCCUCUGAAAAUGAUCCAUCUCUCCAGCGUCCAGACGAAGAAGAAAUUGCAGAGAUCACUGAACGCACUCGUAAGGCUCUCGAGAAAAUCACACAAUCGAAAAUAGCUGCUGCGAUGCCAGUUCGCUGUGCAGAAAAAUUAGGUCCAGCCCAGUACAUUCGUUACACUCCCUCUCAACAGGGACAAUCUUUCAAUUCCGGGGCCAAACAGAGAGUCAUACGAAUGGUGGAGGCUCAGGUAGAUCCCAUAGAGCCUCCAAAAUUCAAAAUAAAUAAGAAAAUACCCCGAGGUCCUCCCUCACCUCCAGCUCCAGUGAUGCAUUCCCCCACGAGGAAAGUUACCGUUAAAGAACAAAAAGAAUGGAAAAUUCCACCCUGCAUCAGCAACUGGAAGAACGCAAAGGGUUACACGAUUCCCUUGGACAAGCGUUUGGCGGCUGAUGGUCGAGGUCUUCAGCAAGUACAUAUCAAUGAGAAUUUUGCUAAAUUGGCAGAGGCCCUGUACAUUGCUGAUAGAAAGGCCAGGGAGGCUGUGGAGGCUCGUGCUCAAUUGGAGAAAAAACUCGCUCAGAAGGAUAAAGAAAAAAAGGAAGAUCAUCUGAGACAGUUGGCACAGAAAGCCAGAGAGGAAAGGGCGGGGUUGAAGUCUGCUGCUGCACUGGACAAGGCUGAGGAGUUGAGGGAGAGGGACCAAUUGAGAAAUGAAAGGCAUAAGGAUAGAGCACGAGAAAGAAAUCUAGCAAGGGCUGCACCUGACAAGCGAUCGAGACUUCAGCGAGAACGAGAACGAGAUAUUUCUGAACAAAUCGCUCUGGGAAUGCCUGCCAAGAGUGUGUCCACUGGAGAUGCUCAGUUCGAUCAAAGAUUAUUCAACACUUCCAAGGGAAUGGAUAGCGGCUAUGGGCAUGACGAUGAGUACAAUAUUUAUGAUAAGCCCUGGAGGGACUCAAAUUCUUUGGGUUCCCAUAUCUAUCGACCUGGUAAAAACAUUGAUAAAGACAAUUAUGGCGAUGAUUUGGAGAAAUUGGUGAAAACAAAUCGAUUCGUACCUGAUAAGGAAUUCUCGGGAACGGAUAGAAGUGCCACUAGAUCGGGACCUGUGCAGUUUGAAAAGGAUGAAGAGGAUCCUUUCGGGUUGGAUCAGUUUUUGAAACAGGCCAAGAGGGCUAGUGGAACUGCCGCUAGUGCAGGGGCUACGUCGUCGUCGAGCUCUAAAAGGAAGGAUGAGAAAGAGCAUAGAAGAGAUGAUAAAAGAAAACGACAUUGAUCGAUUAACCUAUGUUAUCCAUCACUAUUUUUAUUGCCAAUCACCGAAUUUCACAACUUAUAAUUAAUAUUAAGUUACUUGUUUAAUAAUGAUUAAAUUGUGUAAUACCGAAUGAAA